CUGGUUGGCCUAGACCUACCUAUCCUCCUCGGCCAAAAGUUCCCGUUAAGGCUUCUUCGGCGCUGGAGUACGGGUACCUGCGUUGAAGAUGAUUGGAGAUGAAGCAUGGCCUGGGAGUACUCUUCGUCUUGACAUGAGGCGGAGGAGAAGCCGACCAGCAACGAUCAAGUGGGUAUGACACCAUAUUGGCAUCCAUGUGAGUCUGACGCCUCUGUUCUCUCCACAACGACGUCAAAAAUAGGAACAGUGCGGCCGCUGCUGUGUCUUGUUUGCGGCCUUUGGUCUGCUCGGGGCGUUUUCUGGAAUUUAGCUCCCUGAGAUGCUCCUUUCAGCGCCCCACUCAUGAAGAGUAGAGGGAUGGAUGUCGCAAAGCCGUUUGUCGAACUGGUCAUACUGCGGCCGGUCAUAACAUACACGGCAUUAAUGCGGGAAAUGGUCAGCUUCAUGGCCGUCCAUCAUGCAUUUUUGACAGCCACGACGACACGACGACAUGACGACACGACGACACGACGAAGAUGCACCUUUGUAAAAAAGAACACCCCACAGGCUUAUCUCAGCCCGCCCACAACCCACCCAACCCGCUGUGACUUUCCCUUCCAACGGGCGGCUGCACCGAAGUGGACAUUGUGCCAGAGUCAUAUCCGAGUGACGACUCGGCAUGCGUUAGCCUCCGGCUGCCGAGAAUUCGAACUUGACUGUUCGCGGCCUGUCCCUCUCUCCUUCUAG